AUGAGGUCAUUCAAGAAGGUCUCCUCAGGCUCAGCAGGGGCGAGUAAAGGUGGAGACGAGCCCGGGAAGUUGCCGGAGCAGGAAGAAGAGGAGGAAUCCCAGGUUUUGCACGGAACGGGCCAUUGCAAAUGGUUCAAUGUGAGAAUGGGAUUCGGGUUCAUCUCCAUGAGCAAUCGAGAGGGAAGCCCCUUGGAGUCUCCAGUUGAUGUCUUUGUACACCAAAGCAAGCUUUACAUGGAAGGAUUUAGAAGCCUAAAAGAAGGAGAACCAGUGGAAUUUACUUUUAAGAAAUCUUCCAAAGGCCUUGAAUCAAUACGGGUAACAGGCCCUGGUGGGAGCCCCUGUUUAGGAAGUGAAAGACGACCCAAAGGGAAGACAGUACAAAAAAGAAAACCAAAGGGAGAUAGAUGCUACAACUGUGGUGGCCUUGAUCAUCACGCUAAAGAAUGUAGUCUACCUCCACAGCCAAAGAAGUGCCAUUACUGUCAGAGCAUCAUGCACAUGGUGGCUAACUGCCCCCAUAAAACUGUUUCACAACAGCCCACUAGUUCUCAGGGAAGACAUGAAGCUGACCCACAGCCUUCCACUUCUGCCUUCCUGAGAGAAGGGGGAGCAACGUACGGCUAUUCAUCUCCAUCGUAUUCUCAGGAGGGAAGGUCAGAGAUCUCCGAGCGUUCAGGCAGGUCACCACAAGAAGCUUCUUCAAGUAAGUUAUCUGCGUCACCUGAAGAACCAAGCAGAAAGGGGCCUUCUGUUCAGAAAAGGAAAAAAACUUAA